CUCAGCCCGUCUCCACAGGGUUUUAGGUUUCAUGAAGGGUUUUAGGAAAACCUGAGUUUAACUGUUCACUGUCUACUACUUCACUGUUAACUGUUCGCUCCCGCCUUCAAUGUCUCUCUAUUUGUAACCUAAUGGCGUUUCUUUGCCAAAAUCCAGAUAAACUUAUAUCGGAUAAUUUAUUAUCAAUUUCGUUCUAGUUCCUUGUACGAAUGGAGGAUUUUAUCGAUGACGAUUUUGGUUCUAUUUACGCCGAUGUCGAAGUCCAAGCAAGUUAUGCCAUCAAUUCAUUAUCAAACUUUGCUAAGCUAAACACAGAAGAAGAAGCAGAGGAAGGAUGCAAAAAUGAUAACAUUACUAAGGGACAAGUUAAUGCCAUCGCAAACGUGGGGAAUCUCGUGUCAGGGUCAGAUUCGAAGCAGUUGAAUUCAAUCUGCGAGAAAUUGUGUAAUUCGGAGGGAGAUGGGAGUGAUAGUGAGGAUGAUUUGAAUAUAGUCUUGAAUGAUGAGGAUUGCCAGGGAUUCUCAGUUGCUGCAGAAGGGAAUAGCAAUCGGGAUGUUUUUUUGCAUGGGGAUGACGAGGAUGAGGGUUAUGCUAAGAAUGGAUUGAAUCCCAAUGCUAAUCAUGGAGGUGAGCGAGUGAAUGGACUAAAGGGUAGUUUUAACAUUCAGUAUCUGCAGUACGAGCAUGUAAACUCAUAUCGACCGUCAGUUCCAAUCAAUAAGAACGUAAAUGAGUCUUUGGUGUCUCCUUCUUCUUCUAAAUCUGCCAGAGGGGAUUUGGAAGAUAAUGGGUGCACGCAACAAAAGAUCUCAAACGUAGGUCAGGUGUCUGAUAUGCGUGGCACAGCCAAUUCAAUGAUAUCUCACGGUGCAUGUGGUUUCUCACUUCCACGGAACAGGACUAUACUGGAUGUAAAUAUCGAUGCAUUUGAAGAGAAAAGAUGGAGGCGUCAUGGAGUUGAUAUAUCUGAUUUCUUUAAUUUUGGUUUUGAUGAAGAAAGUUGGAAACAAUACUGCAUCUCCCUGGAGCAAUGCCGGCAACAUUCUUACAUCCGUAAUAGGUUCCCAAAUCACGAGCCUUCAAAGCUUACUCAGGCUUAUGAAAUUGGACUGGAAGAUAAGAGAGCAGCUCAAGAUAGUGUAGUUGAGCAUAUUGUUCAAUCUGAAUUUUCAUCAAAAUCUGCAGAAGUAGUAGAGAGGCAGUUGGGCUUGCCAAAAGGAAGAGCAAUUCAGGUUGAAGGUAGCACUGCUGAACGACAACCAACAAUGAAUUUUAGGCGUCCACGUAUUUGGGAUUCUGAUGUUGUGAUACAGAUCAAUGUGCAAGAUUUCGAUAAGAAUUCCCCUGGCUCUGGUGAGGAAGAAUUCCACCACGCGUAUCGACAUGAAGUAUCAAGCAGGGACUUGUAUGUGGCUGAUAUAAAAGACGCCCACUAUUCUGGUAGUGCCUGUGCUGAUGAGUCAUCGGCCAAAACCCUGGGAAAUAUAAAGUCUUCUUCCACAAACAGGUCUUCCCAGCCAAUAUCGCAUUCUAGUGAAAUUUCUCUGGUUCCUGAUAUUCAUGACAAAGAUCAGAACUCUAGUGAUGAUAAUGAUAAGGUGAAUGCUCGAGCUUCAGAAGGCAAUGCUGAAGAAAUGGAAACUGUUGAGAAGGUAGGGGAAGAAAAUGGCAGGAAUACAUGCAAGUCAGAUCAACGCGUGAUCGAGACAGAAUUAUCUGUUGGUGAUCCGAGUCAUUUUAGCCUGACACUAUCCUGCUCUGGAAGUGAUUCUGAUUCAUCCACAGAUAGUCGGUGUGGUAUUCCAGAAGUAUCUGAUAGUCCUUUGAGAAGGCAAUCUUCAGGCACUAUGUUGCAGGAGCCUGUUGCAUAUGAUCGGAAGUGUUCUGAAAGUAGUGGUACAGUAAGAAAACUGGACAAUUGGCGACAUUAUUCAAGAAAUAGAUAUUCUAGUCGGGCAGUUAGGUGGCAUCAGAACAGGAGACUUCACAGAGUUCCUGAAAGGAGGAUCCACCCUCCUAUGGGUAGUGAUGCCUCUCCAAUGUCUAGGGAUCAGAGACAUGAUCGUUGCAGAUAUAUUGGAAGGUCACAUGAUUUUUAUUAUGAUGAGGAAGAGAAUAUUGCAUAUGAUAGGCAGAGAAAUUUUUGUAGUUAUGGUGGUGAAAGGUUUGCUGACAAUCGUAUCCAGGAUGUUUGCUCAAAGCAUCUUCAUAGAAAAUAUCAUCAAAACUUUAGAGAUGAAAUGAAACAACAGGAAAAAAAGAACUGGAAAGAAGGAAAUUUGCAUGAAAGAAGUUUUAAAUUGGAUGACAGAGAUGAUUGGGAUAGAGAUUGGGAUUAUGGUGGAAGAGGACUUUGUCCUGAGGGCAGGAUUCCUCCCACUUACAGAGAGUCCAGGAGAUUAGUUUCAAAGUACAACAAUUUCGAAGAAACAGACGUUCACUGGAGGAAGGGUAGGAAAAUUCUGUCUGGAAAAAAAACUAAUCAUGAUGCUUGUUUACUUGAUCAUGAAAUUCUGGAUGACUUGAUGCUACAAAAAUGUGGGAGAGCUAUUCCAAUCUCCAACAGGAUAAGAGGGUCUUUCGAUGAAAAACAUGGUUCACAAAAUCCAUUUAUUGGGAGAGAAGCAAAUCUAUAUGGAGGAAGAGUUAGAUGUGAUUACAGCCCACCUAUGAAAUUGCAGAAGUCAUGGUGUAUGGAAACUGAAGAUGAGCAUUGGGAUUCGGACAAACACCAUUUGUCCCCUUGGUUUCAUAGAGAAUCUGAUGAAGCCAAUGAAAGAAGGUUGAGGGAUUUGAUGUUACCACGAAGCAGCAUGUCUGACUCUAGAUUAGCAGAAACAUGUGGGAGACAUAGAAGAGAUACAAGUGGUGACAAAUGCAUGGACAAUCAUUGGCUGGAUAAUUAUAAUGAUAUUGAUAAUGCGGAAGAUGGAAUUAAUUAUAUUGAUGAGCAUGUUGCUCAGCAGAGGAAAAAAUAUAGUUGGCAAUCUGGAACACUGCAUCAAAUUCAAGGUGAAUCACUUUUGGGGCAUCGAGGUGAUGGAUUUGAUACUGAAAGAUCCACAUUCUCAUAUGAAAAAUCUUUUAGACAUGAAAGGACUCAUGUAAAAUAUAGAUCUGCCAAUGAUUGGAUGGUGGUUGAUGAUAUACAGUUGGAGUGGCACCGAUGCAAAAUGUUUAAGGGAGAAGGUAGUGCUUGCUUUCUCAAUAGAGAGCCUAAUAUGAUGAAUAGAUGUGAGCAUGGACGCACAGCCAGGAGGUGCGGUGAUCCAGUUGACUUGAUUUGUUGGGAAGGAAAGUCCUCAGGAAGACGUUCUACUGCUGAAUGUUUGAUGUCCCGUGGUAAAUUCAGAAAGAUGGAUCUGAAAUUCGCUAAGGAGCAUGAAAUGGUCAAGGAUUUUAAUGAAACUCAAAGUGGAAAAGCAACCCAAACUGGUAUUUCAAGAACUGAUGGAAGCCGGGAGGAUGGGAAAUGGCUGGAUAAGUUUUCAGUUACAGGGCAUCAUCAAAAUCUGGAUAUUGAGGAAGGUCAGAUUGUACCAGUAGAAACAGUGGCAGAAGACAGGUUGGAAAAGAAACAUGCAUCUGGUAGAGGAGCACCAUUGCGCAACAUGAAGGAAAAUUUUCUGUCUCAAAAUGUUCGGAAUGGAAAUGAGAUGAAGGGAUAUGAUGACCAGCAGAUACUGGACACUAUAGCAAAGAUGGAAAGACGAAGGGAACGCUUCAAGGAUCCCGUUGCGCAGAAAAAGGAUCCAGAUAAGAUUCUGAAGCCCCCAGUUGAUGUAAUAGCUGAUAAAGUUGAAACAGAACACCAUAGGCCAGCCCGCAAAAGGCGGUGGGGUGGAAGUUAGGUUUUUCUGAUUACCGGUAAGAUUCAUGUUGGAUCGAACUAUAUCGAUUGUUAGACACCGAGGCUUCUAGUUGUCUGUGGAACUUCUACGUGAAUGAGAAGAAGCAGAUAAGUUCAAAUUUUUUCAUUUGAUAAUUAAGUUAUUUACUUGAUAUAAUAAAAUGUAGUGCUUUUGAGAGAGCUUAACACUUUCUCACUUCUCAGCUGCUGAUAGCUACAAGACAUAUUUGCAUGAUCUUCAUUGACUGGUUUUUAUUUCCUUCCAAUGUAAAAUUUAUUGGUGAGAAUAAGAUCAAUAAUUACUGUAAGUGAUCAUUUGUUAA